UGGAAAAUGGCUGUGUAUGGGAGCAGGGAGUCAUGAACGGGAAAAGAAAGAAAGAGCGAGAGAAAGAAGGCGAAGCAAUAAGUGAACAGAAGGUCUGCUUGAAGUUUACUGCACACCGUUAAGAUAUCGUCCGAAGAUAAUGCACCACACGGACCCUUGUCUUCUACUUUGAAGUGUUUGAAGCGCCGCAGCCUAAAGUGAGAAGAGUCAAGAAAUAUCCGCGGGUCGUUCAUAAUCCGUGUCCGUGUGGGAGCCUGAGAGAACCGAAGAGGAUUAAAGACCUUUUCACACUGCACUCGUCCUCCAAUCAGACCACUUCAUUUGACCGUGGAGAGCCAACAACGCGGGGCACUCGACUGGCAAAAUAUUUUACCAGGCUGCUCCAAUAGCACCCAGCCAGCAGGUUUUGGCUGCUUGAAAGAGCAUGUUGCCAACGCGCUCCCUCUGCUCCAUCAUCUGGCUCAACCGGGGUAUCAAGCUGAGGAAAGUGAACCAGUGCACCAACACCGGUCAGGUCUGAAACUGCUGCCUCCACAGACAUAGUAGCAGUAGAACGCUACCUUAUCGACUUUUAAAAAUGCGUCUAAGCUUCGGGUGACUCCCCCUCCUCCCCUCUUCCCCCCGACCCCCUAAGCUACCGUACCAACACCAACACCAGAAUUUAGUGACUCAACUGCCUUUUUGGUUUCUGACGAGGAUUUCUGUAGAGCCGAACCCUGUCGUUGCAGUAGGACUCGGGCUGCACCAUCUAACCUCUAUUCAGUGGCCAUUUUGAUUUUUGCCUCCCGAACAAAAUGGCGACGGAAGGUUUUCAGUACCUUACCCUCUACGCAUUCACCAAGGACCAGGAGGAGGACCUGGACCUGCAGCCGGGCGACCUCCUGACAGUCAGCAAGGCCUCUCUGCUGUCCAUGAAUAACUACCAGGAGGGCUGCGUGGAGCAGCCUGAGCGCCUCGGCUGGCUCCUCGGGUACAACGAGCGGACCAAACAGAGAGGCGACUUCCCAGGGACGUAUGUCGAGUAUGUGGGCCCCGUUAGGAUGGCUCUCCCACCAAGUCAACCCAGGUCCCAGCGGCCCCUCCCUGCUGCUCCAAGACCAGAGUCGUCUCAAGCUGUUUCUGUGUUGGACCUGAGCGAGCAGUUCACACCGCCAGAGAAGGCUCCAACAGCCCUCGUCAGCUUGAUCCAAGCCAUAGAGAAGAGAGGUCUGGACUGCAACAUAUUGUACAGGCCAAAUGUUUCCUCUGGUGCAGACAGCCCCGUGUACAGUCUGAGCUCUGAGAGUGAGAUGUUGCAGAAUGAUGUGGGGUACCUGUCUGAGUGUGUCCUGAGCUACCUGAGAGACCUCCCGUCACCCGUCAUCCCCACCUGUGUCUACGCUCACCUUCAAACUGCUGUCACAAUGCAGCAGCAGGUCCUCCUGCAGUCAGCAGAUGGUGCAGUCGCUGGAAGCCUUGACAGAGAGGUAAGCCAGGUCCUCGAGAGCUCCACCUCCGUCCCUCUCCAUCACCGUCUCACCCUGCAGUACCUCCUCACACACCUGGCCAAGGUCACCCAGACGCAGGCCAGCAAUGGCCUGGACACACAGACGCUGGGAAAGAUCUUUGGGCCGCUGCUGAUACGGACCGGCCCAUCCACCCCGUGGUUCUCAGCGGAUAUGGAGUUUCCUGCCCUUGUGGUGGAGAGGCUGCUGAUAGAGAGAACCACGGAGCAAGACCUCACUCCUCCAGUUCUUCCUGCAAAGCCAGUCAAGUCAAAAAUGGCACCAUCAGCCAUGACGGACACAAGCAGCCUGCUGAAUGAUGCUGAAUGGUACUGGGGGGAAAUCUCCAGAGAGGAGGUGAACGAGAAGCUGCGAGACACUCCAGAUGGUACCUUCCUGGUCCGAGAUGCCUCUAGUAAACUGGAGGGCGAGUACACUCUCACUCUCAGGAAAGGGGGGAACAACAAGCUGAUAAAGAUUUACCACCGAGACAUGCGGUAUGGCUUCUCUGAGCCUCUUACCUUCCUGUCUGUAGUGGAGCUCAUCAAUCACUACCGCCAUGAGUCGCUGGCCCAAUACAACGCCAAACUUGACACCAAGCUUCUGUUCCCUGUCUCCAAAUACCAACAGUUGGUGAAGGAGAACAGUAUAGAGGAGGUGGGAGAGCAGCUGAAGGUCUAUCACGAGCAGUACCAGGAGAAGAGCCGCGAGUACGACUCUCUGUACGAGGAAUACACACGCACCUCACAGGAGCUGCAGAUGAAGCGCACAGCCAUCGAGGCUUUCAAUGAGACCAUCAAGAUCUUUGAGGAGCAGUGUGAGACUCAGGAGCGCUACAGCAGAGAGUCUUUGGAGCGGUUCCAACGCGAGGGCAACGAAAAAGAGAUUCAGAAGAUCCAGAGCAACUCGGAGCGUUUGAAGUCUCGCGUGAAGGAGAUCCACGACAGCAAGCGUAAACUGGAGCAGGACCUGAGACAGCAGGUCUCCGAUAACCGAGAGAUCGACAAGAAGAUGAACAGCCUGAAGCCGGAUCUCAUGCAGCUCCGCAAAAUCAGAGACCAGUACUUAAUAUGGCUAACACAGAAGGGGACAAAGCAGAAGAAGAUCAAUGAAUGGCUGGGCAUAAAGAAUGAUGCUGAUGACUCCUACUCGCUGGAGGAGGAUGAGGGUUCACCCCACCACGAUGAGUGUGCCUGGUAUGUGGGUGACAUCAAACGCACCCAGGCUGAGGAAAUGCUGAGAGGCAAAUGUGACGGGACCUUCCUCAUCCGUGAGAGCCAAUCACAGAAGGGCUCCUACGCCUGUUCUGUAGUUGUGGAGGGUGACGCCAAGCACUGCGUCAUCUACAAGACGGCCACAGGUUAUGGAUUCGCUGAACCCUACAAUCUGUACUCGUCCCUCAAAGACCUGGUGCUCCACUACAAAAACGUCUCCUUGGUCCAACACAACGACCAGCUGAAUGUAAAUCUGGCCUACCCAGUCCUCGCCCGCUCUCAGAACCAGAACCAGCACUCCAGAUGAAUUAUCCACCAGCAGUGUAGGACGCCAACCAGGGUGGGGAAACAAAAAAUUCACAAAAUUUAUCCUCUGAAAAAUGCUCGUUCUUGUGGCGUAGAGAAAAAGACUCAACAGCCACGAUUUCAAAUUCAUACGUUUUUGGCUGGAGGCUGGUGCUAAUUUCCCACACCACCCCCAGUCCAGCAAAGAGCACUCCUUGCUAACAGCAUGGCUUCAACAUAAGCACACUACUACCAGUAUCAAAGCCCUGUACAGUUAGCCUGGCUGACGCAGUGAGUUUUACCUUGAGGAGAGUGUUGCAUUAGCCAGCCUUGACUGUACAGUGUCGGUUAUGAAAAGAAAAGUGUGAGAAAUUCACAAGAAAACACCUUUGGUACUGAGAAAAAAACAAAACAGACGAAAUGUGUUCAAAGAAGAAAUAUUAAGCACACAAAAACGUUGUUUUCAAGAUCGUGGAGAAGAGGAGGGAAACCAGAUGGUGGGAUGAUGGAAACAUUUACAGGAGGCACUUUUGUUUUUUUUUUGCCUUGAACACGUGAUAACUGUCCAUAGACAAAGGCCCGAUCUGUCAUCCCCAGACUGCCUGCAAACUCUCCGUAGACAAAAGCCUGAGCUGUCAUCCACUGAAAGGACUGGCUUGGCUAAACCAGGCUGCUCGCUUCACACCUAAAGGCGGCUGAAAAAUCGUGGACCAGGGGGGUUUAGUCACUGGAGCCGAGGGGGGUGUGGGAGGGAAAGGGAGAGAAAUUGCUGGGGUUGUUGUUUUAAUGGGUUUUAAAGAGAUUGAUUCAAUUUAAAGCUUGCUUAAGUGCCAUAGUAAUAGCUUUGAAUGAUCACAAGCCUGUGUCACUAGAACAAGGGGGCACGUCGAGGUUGAAAGAAGGAAGGAGGGAAAUGAACGGCUGUCGACAUAGACGAAGCUACAGCUUUAAAAUAAUAAUAAUACACACAUAUAGGUAUAUUUUUUAUUAAGUGAUCUUUAUUUCCUGACUGCUUUGGCUUGUUGCUCUCUCAGUGGGCCUUUUGAAUUGACGAGGUACAACAUUACAGGAUAGAAAUGCAUGGUACAGAUUUGGUAUAUUGUGAAUAUAGGAUUGUAAUCACAAUACACUAGAUGGAGAGGUACAUUGAUUAAUGCAGUUUCACCACAUGAUUCAGAUGAUGAUUUCCUCAUCAAACGUCUCUUUGUUUCAAACUUCUUCCUUCUUUUUUCAUCUUCUUUGAUAAUGUAGCACCUGUAGCCAUCGACUUAAGGCAUAACUGUUAGUGCUCCUCUUAUGUGUCUUGUUUCUUUAUGCUAAAGACACUUGCAGAGCAUCAAUCUAUGUGAUUAUUGUAUCUUCGGUACUGUAUUUGCCUUGUCUCUAGAUAGAAUAGACUGUUUUAGCGGUACUAUGUCCUUGCAGAUGUUUAUUGUUUUGUUUUUUAAUGCAGAUUUACUCACGGUACUUCCUUCCCCCUCGCGCUUGACUGUUCAUUUCAUCACAAGCUUGACUCACAGAGCUGUAGAACAUUUGAUGUACAAAAAAAGAAAAAGCAGUAAUAUAACUCAUGUACAGUAUAUUUCAGACACACAUGCAGUCAGUGUGUGUGACUUUACACAGUUUCAUCGCUGUGUUUCUUUAUGUUUUCAUAAUAUUUGCUAUGCUCUUAGAUUCUGUUUAAGGAUGCACAGUAUCCAGCUAAUGUGAGCCAAAUGAAGGAUGUAUUUUCAUGUAGCAAGAAAGAGAGAAACAAAAAAGAACCAGUCUUUUUGCCAUUCAGCAUGGCCUCUGUGGUCUGAGAGAUUAUGUAGUGUAUGCAUGGAGUCCUUCAGUUGGGUUGUUGUUUCUUAUUCUUUCACUUGGCACCAGUGGUUGAUAAUUGUACUUUGAGUAGUGCAAACACAGUACGAUGUGUGGUAGUACUAUGCACAGAAGAGUCACAUGAGGAUAAUACGUUCUGAGAUCAGUUCCCUCCCUCGGUUCUGUGCUGUGACAGUGAAUUUCUCCCGUUUCCCUCAUGUUAUUUGGCUCGAGGUGAAGAUUGUACCAUCGUUGUUCUUUGUCACUUUCAAAGCACAGUUUAUUUAUGUAGAGGCAGGGUUCUUCAGUUAUGGCUGUGUGAUCGAUGAAAAUGAAAAGAGGCGUCACAUGAUGCUGCUUUUAAAUAGGAUUUACAUAGCUGACUUCUUGAGAAUGAAUGAAUAUGAAUAAUCUCUCAAAUUUCUUACAUGUAGUAGACUCAGAUUGCCAAAAAGAGAAAAAAGUAUUUUUGUAGACAGGUGUAGAAGAGUCAAACUUUGUUGGCAAUAGAACGUUUUAGAAAAGAAGAAAAGAGCGCACUGUUUUUAAAGGUUGCUCAUUUGGCAUUUUGGAUUUGUUUUUAUUUUUGUUAAGGAGGGAUAGAAAUUAAAGUGAGAUAUUCACCUACUCUUCUGGUCAUGACAGUUAAUUAUGUACAUUUCAUCUGUAGACCUUAUCUUCCAACAAACACAAUGCUUUUUCGGCAUUCAUAUCAUUUCUGUUUUUGAAAUGUACAUUUACAAAUUUCAGGUAGCAAAGUUUUUCCAAACAGACCAAUCACACUUUCAAAUGAAACCUAACUCGGCCUCAAAAGUUUUAAAUCAAGACGUCAUUUUGAUUUCAGUCAGGACAAAUUCAUUGUUCUGUUCUUUGCAGAGUUCUUGGCAAGUAGAAAAUCCCAAGAAUUAAACUAGGAGGUGACGGCGGUGUUUCUGAUUGGAGGGCUAUAGAUGCGAGUGAGACAGAUUAGAAGUGCCUUUAGUCAUUGUGAUGAGCUCGUCUUUUCUUCCUUGUCAUUGGAGCGUCUCUCUACAAGAUGGUGCCACCAUCCACCAUAUGCUGUGCCCCGUUGUUCACACAUUUGCCAUUUAUCAAAGACUAAAGGGUAUCUGGCAAAUGAGCAUAGGUGUUGUGUGAGAUUGCGUGUGUCUGUGUUUGUGUGUGUGUGUGUGUGUGUGUGUGUGUGUGUGUGUGUUAGAGCAAAUCUGAGCAUGUUAUAGAUUUUAGUUGUGCCUCUUUGUUGUUACAUCUAUAGUUGUUACAUAUUCCUUCUCUCUAUGGUGGGGGCUGUACAGUAGCUUGGUGCUCUCUCUCACUGUGCACCAAAGCUGCAUUUCUUUGGUGUGUUUUUCAUUUUAUUUGUCUGGUAUAUUUUUGAGAAAUCUCAGAUAAGAUAGAAAUGUGAACCGUACACAUCCGUGGCCCAGCCCAGUUGUUUGAAGCUCAUUUGAUAAGCUCUCAAGUUAAUGCAUGCAGCAUUUCUCAGUGUUUUUUAUUAAGAGUCAGUUCCUUUGCGAACAGGCAAUCUGGUUGAGUCAUUCGCCACUGCUGACACAUCCAUUAUCCAGUUUGUUGGACCAACACUUUUGUGACUGCACUUUUUCUUUCUGUUCCGCACACUGAAACUAGUGUGUCUAACGCCCAACAACCAUAAACUCACAGACAGUGGUGAAACUCAGUUGUCAAUAGUGUAUUUAGUUGAUAGUUUUAUGGUCUUUCCAUACAAUAUAUCGGGAGUGAUCGACAGUUUUCUUUAUGAUAUCGGAGUAUACAGUGUACAGUAUAUGUUUUUGUUGUUUUGGCGGUCAAAAGCUGUCAUUUAAUUCUGAUGUGUUUUGACUGAUUGCAAUGUUUUCAUUAUAGAGUUAGUUUUACUAUAUGGACUGUAUAAACUCUGUGAUACUUUUCAAGCCAACUUUAAGAAGAGCUGUUGGCUCAUUAUGCAACUUGUGUCCACACAGCGAAAUUGUCCAAUUUAACAAGACAAAAAACAUUGAUUUUCUGAAAAGGUAAUUUCACUCAAAUGACAGAAAUACAUAUUUCCACUUACUGCUAGUGAUAUCUAAACAUGCAGAUAUUUGAGAUUUUGAAAUAUCAAUCUUCUUAAUUUUUCUUGGAACUACUUUCUACCCAAGAAAUAGUCCCUCUCACAGUGACGUCUGUGGAUUAUCCAGAGUAACCAAAAGAUUGUUUCUGGAAAGAGAUUUUACUGUUCAUUAUGUCAAUGACAGUGAAACUAAAUGCAUGAGUAGAUACUGCUGUGUGCAGUAAAUGAGAACUUUGUCAGGAUUUUUAAAGUUCAUGAACCAGCUGGUUCUGCUUCAAUUCAAGCAAUUUGCUCAAUGUCUUUAGUUGCUUUAGGAAAAAUAUAAAUGUAGACCUGAGUGGCUUCCUGCAUCACUUGUUAAGAUGAACAUGUUUGCAGUGCAGGUAAACACUCUCAUCUGCCAUAUAUGCCAUGUUAAUCACAGAUGUUUAAAAGCUAGAAGCAAUGCAACGUUAGUAGCAAUGGAACCUGGUCAGGCAGUGAAACGGCAGAAGAUGAAAACUUUAUUGCGCUUUGACUUCGAGUUGAGACUUUAAGCCCACUUUUGGAAGAUGUUUACUCUGAAACUCAAAGCUUUCAUCCUGCUCAUCUAAUCGAUAUGCAUUUGUGUCAGAGCUUCUUGAAAAACAUUUUUUCUAUAUGACAAAUGAUCAUUCAAGGAAUUAGAUAUUUUUUCAUCGGCUUUGGUACACUGUAAAUGAUAUUUCUUGAAAUGGCCUCACACACAAAGCACAUCUUUCACUGACUACAAGAAAACACAUAUAUUUGGUGUCUAUUAAGGUUUGAAGAGAGACAUACUAGAGAAUAAAUAUUUUGAAAUAUAUACUUAGAUAUCUAUAUUUUUGGAUGAUGUAAUUCUGAUUUGGACUGUGCUUGAAACAAAUCAGAAAGAGGCUUUGAUGUGAACUUGAUCUGUAGACCUGCUCCGUGCGUGGCUGCUUUGUACUCGAGCAGUUAUUGAAGCAUUUUUUACUAAUCGGCUGCAGUGAGCUUCAUCAUUAUCCGCAACAAACUUUGUGGUCACAGUUGAUCAACAUACAUGAAAUCUAUUAAACAUGAUUAUCAGGUGCGUUCAGAGGAAGAAGCAAGCUCAUGUACAUGUGUUAAUAUUUACAGAGCUGAGUCUAUAUGUUAAACGCAGUCUUGGCUGCUUUGCAUUUUAUUAAAUAUUAGAGAGGAGUCUUUUUGUUUUUGUUUUUUCUUGAAUCUGUUUUGUCUUUCGGAAGAUUCUGUUUUUUUGUGAGUAGACUCAGUGUUAAAGUUGCACCACAAAAGAUACACUUACAGUAGUUUGCUGCCACAGAGAUCCACCACAGAUUGGACGCUGACGCUGUAGCAAAGUGAACCAUCUUACCACUGUAUCGUCCUUCGGUAGAUCUCUGCGGUCGCCGAGAGUAAAAUUAAAACCUGACCGAGUAAAAAGAUACGUUAUUGAACGGUUCGUGAUCACUCCUUUACGCAGAUCUUUGUACAUGGAACUAUGAUGGCAUUAGAAAGUGUUCUUUUAUGGUGCCUGAGUAUAUUUUUUUUAUUUGGCUUUUUAAAAAAGCUGAUAGAUUUGUCUGUCCCAGUGUUGUUGUUUUUUUUGUUGUUUUUUGUUUAUAUCUGUUAAUGAUAACCUUACAGAGCCUAUAAAGAAAAAAAUAAGCUAGCUUGAAUUUUUUCCUCCGUACAGAAAAAAGAAAAGAAAAAUACAAAUGUUUACAAUAUGUAAUUAACCAAAUAGUAAGUAUGCGUUUGAGAAUCAAUCUGUCUGUCCCUCAAAGUGGCUGUGAUGGAUUGAUUUAUAUUUCUUUAUUUCCUCUGUUGUUUUAAACUUGAAAAUGUUAUGACUGCUUGUUCUGUUUUUUUCUGUUUCGGUUCGUUACUCUUUUUUUUUUGACUUAUGAGAACAGUGCUCCCUCAAUUUCAAAAUAAUAACAAGAUUCAUGUUUUCAUAACACAUAGUCUUUGUCAUUCUUUACCUGCUGACUACUUCACCUUACACUGAGCCUUGUAUAUGCAGGGCUGAAUCCUAACUUGAAACACUGUCCCAUCUUUUGCUGUUUAUAAUAUGUACAGUAAUAUGGUAGAUUUCAGCAUGACUCUGCCAGGUGUUUCUCUGGUACGGACUCAGUUCAAAGAAUUUAUAUGGGGUGAUACUCACAUGUUGUGAAUAACAGUAAAAACACGCCACUUGGAGAACAUGCUUGAGUACGGUUUUAGUACAUAACCAGUUGGAAAUUCAGGAAUAACUAUCAAGAGGCAUUCUAUUCUUGAUUUUGCACUACAAAACAAAUAAUACUCAAAUACAAAUGUUUGGUUAACUCAUUUCUAAGACCAAAAUUGACCCACUAUAGUCUCAGCUUGUGUGAUUUCCAUUUAAAAAUUUACCAACUGCACUUUCAUAUCCGCUUUUUCUGCCUGUAUCCGAUCCUCUCACAUCAUCAGUCUGGACUUUGACCUUAAAGGUUGCCAUUUGUUUGAUUAUUCUGAUGUGAAUGUUACAGUACUUUUCACUGGUGUACAGUAGUUCAUAUUCAAGACCCAACUCUGAACAUGGAGACAAGAUUGGCAGUGAUCCAUCUGGCAACAGCCUGGGUAACAUUACAGAGCAGCGACAACUUAAAACACGUAUCCACAUUUUUACUCUAAUAACAACGUCUUGUCUGCUUUGCUCUACCAUGUUGCCCAACAAGUUGCCUAAUGUAUCGCUGCCUCAGCAACAGAUACACGGUUCUUAAUGCAUAGUCAACACCGAUGUGGUGUUCUCUUUCUUUCAAAAACAAUGAAUGGGGCAGUCAGAUAAAGCUACUCUACACCAAAGUGCAAUUGAACUCAGAGGGAGCACUGUUGUUUCAGCCAGUAGAGGCCUAUUGGUUGAGGUGUGCCCAACCCCUAUGCACGAAAAGAUGGUUAUUCUUCUUCUCUUCUCUUGUGUUAUCCUCCUUCUGUUGGUCUAUCUUAAUUCAGAUGCGACAUUAUUUCUGUCUCUCUUGUGUACAGCUUGCUUCAGAGUUGUGUUUGUCCUCAGACAGGUACUCUUUCAUCUGUACGGUUCUUUCUUUAGGCUGAUGCAAUGAUUUUAAAAGACAAUAAAAGAUAUAUAAAAUGA